AUGUCUAGUGAACACAACCCACUUUUACGCUCCCCACAACGUGGUCCACUUUCCCCACGGGGGAAAUACCAAACAUUUAAAGGCUCAAGCAGGGGUCUAACUUACUCACCGCCAGAUAACAAAGAUGAUGAUGGAUUUGAAAGCUCACACACCAAUGCAUUUCCACCACCUAUAGCACCGUCACAUUCCUCCUGGGAUGUCCUGCCGUACUAUCUCCCAUGCUUAAUAUGGAUCCCCAAUUAUAACUGGAAGAAGUUCGGCUGCGAUUUUAUCGCCGGGUUGUCUUUGGCGUCAUUCCAAAUCCCACUGGGACUGUCCUUUGCCACCUCGUUGGCUCAUGUAGAGCCAUUAUGUGGGUUAUAUUCUUUGGCGGUGACGCCCUUUAUUUAUGCGCUUUUCGGAUCUGUCCCACACAUGAUUGUGGGUCCAGAAAGCGCCAUUUCAUUGGUGGUAGGCCAAGCGGUCGAAACUCUUACAAGCCAUGACCUAUCCCUUGAAACCGUUGACAUCGCAACGAUGAUCUCGUUUAUGAGUGGGUUAACGCUUUUAUUUGGUGGGAUUUUCAGACUGGGAUUUUUGGGGAAUAUUUUGAGUAAAGCACUGCUGCGCGGGUUCAUAAGCUCUAUUGGAUUUGUGAUGAUUGUGAACUCAUUAAUCACGGAGUUGAAACUGAACAAACUCAUGCUGACUAUUCCUGAACAUUAUCAUACACCUUUCGAAAAAAUUCUUUUUCUUGUGAGAUAUGGACCAUCCAACUAUCAUUUACCAACAUCCUUUUUGAGUCUCGCAGUAUUCACAACGCUCAUGACAAUAAGAAUUUUCAAAAAGAAAAUGAUGAGAAGGAUCAAAUGGAUUGUCUUUAUUCCGGAGAUCCUUUCUGUAGUCAUCUUUAGCAUCGUGCUUUCGUACAUGUGCGAUCUAAAAAAGAAAUAUGACAUUUCCGUCAUUGGAGAUUUCAAUACCGAUGGAUUCGACGAUUUUAGAAACCCACUAUCUAAAUGUAACCGCGGAUUAAUACCAGCCCUUCGGGAUGUCAGCUUAGUUUCCGCGUUAUUGGGGUUUCUCGAAUCUAUAACGGCAUCGAAAUCAUUAGGUGGAUACGGCAAUACCGUUGCCUCCUCAAAUAGGGAACUAGUUGCUCUAGGAUUGAUGAACACUAUAGGGUCUGCCUUUGGAAUUAUUCCUGCCUUCGGGGGGUAUGGGAGAUCAAAGAUCAAUGCAUUUUCCGGUGCUCAGACUGUGAUGGCUGGUGUCUUCAUGGGAUCCGUCACAUUGUUUACUAUCAAGUUCCUACUGCCUGUCAUUCAUUACAUCCCAACCUGCGUCCUGUCUGUUAUAACAACGUUUGUUGGGGUGAGUCUAUUGGAAGAAGCCCCCCAUGAUAUUAAGUUCCAUAUUCGUUGCAAGGGGUACGACGAACUGAUUAUGUUCGUGCUAACAUUCCUAUGUACCUGCUUCUAUUCUAUUGAAUUUGGGAUUCUAGCUGGAUGCACCUAUUCAUUGAUAAGCAUCGUCAAACACUCUGCCCAGUCCAGAAUACAGAUCCUGGCAAGAGUUGAAGGAACCGAUCACUUUAUAAAUGCAAAUGAGUACUUGCAGCUUGAUUUGGAUUCUGACAAUUGCUCGGCCCCCGAUAUUGAACAUUUUGAAGGCUGUUUAGUGGUUAAGAUACCAGAACCUCUCACAUUUACGAACACAGAAGACCUCAAGGAAAGAUUAGAUAGGUUAGAAAGGUUUGGAUCCACGAAAGCCCACCCAGGCAUGAAAAGCGAGGGCGGGAGCUCUAUCGAAUAUAUUAUAUUUGACUUACACGGAAUGACAUUCAUGGAUUCUUCGGCAACGCAGAUUUUGAAGGAUAUUGUCGUGGAAUAUAGGAAAAGAGACGUUGUUGUAUUUCUUGCGAGGGUACCUCCAAACUUGGAAGUCAGAGAACGGUUGAAAGAAUCUGGAAUAAAUGACCUGGUUCAAAAGCAAGAGGUGAAACAGCACUCCAACCACAGCUUGCAAUCCGCGCAAACACCUUAUUUUCCAAACAUCGCCGAGGCAUUAUCUAUGGUUGACAAUCUUAAAGCUAGAACUAGGUCUCAACAAAUUCUACGCACCUCUCCCAGUAUAUCUUCAAGCAUGCUCAUGAAUUCGAACCUCGUUUAA